AUCACGUAUUGUUAGGGCGAACACAUUUAUACUAAAUUUUUUAUGAAUACCUAGCUACCAACUACAACCGAAAACAAAAAUCUAAAAUCUAAUCGUAAAAUGUAACGGUUUCCAUCGCCAUUUUUUUUUUCGAAUCGUUAAAUCACGUAUACAGUUUACGGCUCUCGCUCGACCACUUCGAAAUUUUCAUCUACUUCUUUGCGGUCCAGUGCAAGUCCACUUCUCGUCUCGCGCAAAACAUUCGUCAGUUGUACGUGCGGAGCAGCAGCACCCGGCUAGUCGUUGUGUAGUCUUCCAUCAUUUUUAACUCUUUUUACCCUCUACCCUUUGACUCUUUAAUUUUUUACUCUUACGUUGCAUCCCUCCAAUACCCCGUGAUGCCCGCUGGCGACAGAAAACGAGUAUAUAAAUUAGGACCUUACGACCGUCCACAUAUUGAACAUAAUCUCCAUAUUGGUCAUAGUACAAACACCAUCAAAACGAAAAACAAUAGGAGUAACUACCAUAAUAAAAGUUUGGAUUGUAUAACUAGUCUAGUUGGUAAGCAGUCAAGAAGGAAAUGUAACUAUAAUGAACACUCAAAAUAUAAUUCUUCUCAAAGGUUUCAAGUUAAGAAUGGUGAUGAUAAAUACAGAAAUCCAACAUGGAAUAUAAAUAAAAGUUGCACAGGAUGGUAUACAAUAAUUAUUCCAAAUGCUUAUGACUGUGAUGAAAUCCUAAAAAAAAUUGCAACUUAUUUAUACCCUGUCAUAUUUUACCCUUACAAUAUAUUUAAUACAAUGAACGAUUUAAAAUUUUUUGUUGACAAUUAUGAUACUGCUAAAAAAUUGCACUUUGCUAGUUACAAGAUAAAAUUAAGAAAUAAUCAAAAAUUUAAGAUUAAGGUAUAUGAAUAUUUUCCCAAACAUCAGACUAUAUCUUAUAGACCAGUGUCCAGUAUCAUAAAGGAAAAAAUAGUCGAAGCAAUGUCAACUCGUUAUGAUCCUAAUACUAAGAGUCUGGAUUUGUCUCGAUUUUAUGCAUGUAUAUUUUUUACUGACAAUAAAUUGUUUGUGCCUUUAAAUCGACCAUCAGUUCUUUUGGCUACAUUAAAUAUAGCUGCUAAAUAUACUAAGCAUGAACUUUAUAGGCUCAGUCUUGAAAAUAACCAUAUCUAUUUGAAGGAAGGACUUGUAUGGAUACGGAGAUUAUUUCCAAGAUUAAAAUUCUUGGAUUUGUCUGGCAAUAAAUUAACUGAGUUGAAAGUACUAAAUAAGCUCUCAGGUUAUUCUAUUGAAGUCCUCAAUUUAUCUAAUAAUCCAGUAUGUAGUACAAAAAAUAAAGAAAAAUUUGUAUUGGAUGUACUACAAUUAUUUCCUAUGCUAAAUAAAUUGGAUAAUUUAGAAUUACCAUGUAGGCAAAGCACCAUUGUUAAAACUAAGUUGUAUAUGCCAAUAAACCUGGAUAAUAGUUACCCAAUAUCAGAAGGUCAUAAUCCUGAACAGCCAAAUCCUUUGUUAACUUCAGUAGAAUUAUUCAUUACCCAAUUCUACAAUAUAUAUGAUAAUAAAGUCUCCAGACAAAUGGUCUCUGAAGCAUAUCAUGAAAAUGCCACAUUUUCUUUAUCCAGUUGUUUUCUAUCCAAUUUUAGUAAAGGUUCUUUAGCACAUUAUAAGCCAAUUAGUCGAAACUUAUUGAUAUCUAGCAGAUUUGGAAGGAGUGAAAAAUGUGUUAUAUACAAAGGCAAAAAGAAAAUAAUAAGUGUUUUAGAAAAGUUGCCUAAGACAAGGCAUGACCUUGAUUCAUUUUUCAUUGAUGUACCGAUUGCAAAUUCUGCGAUGAUUCAAAUUGUAGUAAAUGGAGUGUUUGCUGAAAAUCUCACUGAAACCUGUUCAAGACCAGUGUUACGGUCAUUUUGCAGAACAUUUACUAUAGUUCCGAUUGAAAGUUCUUGGUAUAUAUUGAGUGAUUUGAUGUUCGUGACUAUGGUUUCUUAUGAGUUGUUGAUAGAAUCAUCAAAACGGUUUUAUUAUUUUAACCAUAAAAAUAUUUCACCAGUAACAGAUAUAGUUAGUUACAAUAAAAUUCAAAUGGCAGUGUGCAAAGAGAAAAUUGAUAAAUUUUCUUGCAUAAAAGCUUCAUGUACUAAGAAUCUGGACUCUCCGUUGUCUCUUCCUUUAAGUCCACAGAAACAACCACCUUGUGAAAAUUCACCAUUAGAAUCGGAAAGAAAAAUUUCUGUUCCUCUUAUGCCAGUAGAACAUGAAACUACACAAAAGGUUGUAAUGAAUUCUAUGAAAGAUACUAAAUCUUGCUCUGAAAGUAAACUGACUAUGGUUAAGCGUUUUUCAAGUGAAUCUGGAAUGUAUCCUGAGUGGGCUAAAAAGUGUUUGGAAGAAAAUGAUUGGGAUUACACUAAAGCUUCUUUGUGUUUUUUAAAAUUAAAACCAAAUAUUCCUGCUGUAGCAUAUAUACGCUGAUGAUUCUAAGAAGAAAUAUUUAUAUAUACU